UGAAGCAAGAAGUAUGAAUGGCCUGACUUCUGUGGAGGCUCCAUCGUUGUAAAUGCUGUGUGGCCACUUCAGACGCCAGAUUUGUACUUACUUGUUACCCAGAAAUGAUUUGAUAUUAAGAUAAACACAGCUGCAUUGAACCUUUACGCAUAAUAAACACUGAACAAAUAGUUUCUAUCUUGGUUUACAUCAUAUCGCUCAACAUCAGUGGACAGUCACCAUGUGGAUCUCUGUGUGUCUGAUCAGCUCUUUCCUUCAUAUCACUGCAGGCUGCACUCUGUCAGUCACUAACUAUGGUGAGAUCACUGUCUACUCAGGCCAGUCUGUUCUCCUGCCCUGCUCCUGUAGUAACACCCAGGCUAAACCUCCCAGCUUCACAUGGACUAAACUCAGAGAUCAACAGACAACUGAGAUAAUACCAACCCAGAGUGAUCUCUACAGAGGCAGAGUGGAGCUGUUUAAUAACACCUCUCCUGGGAACCUCUCWGUCCUCCUCUCACACGUCACUGAGGACGAUGAUGAGUGGUACAGGUGUGAAAUCAGCCAUGGAAAAUACAGAGACAUCAAACUCACUGUUAAAGGCUGCACUCUGUCAGAACCUCGAUCAAGGGUGGUCAAUGGAUCCCCAGGCCAGUCUGUUCUCCUGCCCUGCUCCUGUAGUAACACCCAGGCUAAACCUCCCAGCUUCACAUGGACUAAACUCAGAUAUCAACAGACAACUGAGAUAAUACCAACCAAGAGUGAUCUCUACAGAGGCAGAGUGGAGCUGUUUAAUAACACCUUUCCUGGGAACCUCUCUGUCCUCCUCUCACACGUCACUGAGGACGAUGAUGGGUGGUACAGGUGUGGAAUCAGUGAGACUCAAACGACAGACAUCAAAAUUUAUAUUCAAAGGAAACACCAACCCCUCACAACCACUACCACCAAACGCCCACCAUUAACUCAACCAAAUGGACUAGACAGCACAAAAUUCCAAAUACCAAAAACGUCACCUAAAGGGGCAGACACGGUGGGGACUUCAGGAGAAGAUCCAUCUGCUUCCCCUCAACAAAACAAUACAAUCCAAUACAUCUUACUGGCUGUUCUACCAGUCAUACUGAUCAUCGCUGGAGUGGCUUUGUGCAUAUACAAGAGAAACAAAGGAAAGAAAAACACAGGGGAGAAAAGCAGUGGGAGCAAAACAGAAGGAAAGAAAAAGGAUGAUUCCUCUGCAAUGUGUUCAACGAUUGCAGACAGAAACACUGGUUUAGGCGACAAGACAACAAUACUGCUCAGUGCACCAGAUGAUCCCUCUGUAAUGUAUGAUACGGUUCAAGAACCCAGAAACAACAACCAAGAGGAGACAACAACACCCCUCAGUGCUCCAAUGUCAGCAGCAGACACCUCAGUCACAUACUCCACCAUCGUCCACAUGAAAGGAAAAGGGAACGCAGCAGUCAGUCUGGAGAGCGGUGGAGAAACAGAGUACUCCACUAUCAAGACAGGCAGGUUCUUCUAGAGCCACUGUACAAUAGGCCUACAGCCAUCUCACAGCCUUUUCCUGCAGAGAGAUCUCAUAUUGGGCCCAGUAUCAAGAGGUUUGAUCUGGCACACAUGACUAUAAAUAUAUUUAACUCUCUACUAAGACAUGUUUAGUGGUUAUCACAGUAAAUCAGAUGUUARCCUACAACCAAAAUAAUAAAGUCCCCGAGAUACAGGCAAGAUGAUGGUGARGCAAUAAGAUACCAUUUAGUUUUUGUGUAGCUGAGACCAAAGCACCUUAUAUGGCUUAAAGUUCAGCUAGUUCUCUUUUUAUAUCGUUGUUGUGCAUUUAUUUUUAAACAUGUGAACUUUUUGAAAUAGAGACRGAUGAUUUCAGACAUGUUUGAGAAAAAGGAAAAUGUGGUUUGAUGUGUCAAAGCAAAAAAACACAGAUUUCACAAUCAGUUUUGCAAGAGGUUGCUUGGGUGGCUAUUAUUAAAACGGAUAUCAUCCAUCUUAA